AUGAUGACAGCUUCGGCAAAGUUACACUCUUUGCAAUUUCAACCACUUGCUCCCACUGAAUGGUAUGGUCGAUUAAGUUUUGGUCCAGUGUUACCUGGGCAAGGGCUGACAGUCGGUAAUACUUUACGACGUGUCCUUUUAAAUGAUUUAAAAGGCAUUAGCGUUGUCGGAGCGGAAAUUGCUGGUGUUGAUAACGAGUUUUCAACCUUACCUGGGGUUCGUGAAUCUGUGGUGGAAAUUUUUUUAAAUUUGCGUGAUUUAGUUUUUACGCAUUAUACACCUGAUGAGAAAGAACCACCAAGUCAAGGAGAAUUGGAACCUGGUGCAAAACCUUUUGCAGCAGCCCAGUUAAAAAAAGACUUAUCUAAGUUACCGAUUAGCUCAUUCCCGUAUGUUGUACGUGCUGG